UGAGAGAUUGCCAGAGAGAAAGGAAACGUGAGGAGCCAUAUAGUCUAUCUUCCUGUAACACUAAUUUCUCUGGACCAUUUUGGGGAGGGAAUGAAAAUCUGUAACAGAACAUUUUGAAUAUAUUUAAAAAUUUUAAAGGAACACUAGGACUUAAAAGCAAAAUUCUCCAGAAUUUUAAAGCUAAAACCUGACAUUGCUAAGAAAUUCCGUGUUUGUGGGGGCAGAAUUCAGGCUCCUUCCGCUGCUGGGGCUGAUUCCCUUUGCGCUGAGGUUGGGGGUCAAAGCCCGGGCCCUGGCACCGAGUAAAGGCAGCUAUUGUGAUCCCCGGAGGCCGGGGAGGGGAGGCUCAUUGCCCACGGGUGAGACCCAGCCAAAGGUUCUGGGAAAGAGCGACCCUGCGUCCCCGCUCUCCUCUCGGCGACAGGUUCUGAGCGCGAGGGAGGGGCCAGCCGCGGAGUCACUGACUCCGCCCCUCCUGCUCCGCCCUGUUCACUCCGCGUGGUCUUCACUACAUGCAGCGCAGACCCGGUGGUCCCUCUGCAGCUUGGGAUUGGAGUGGAUCGGUAAGGAGAACCGCGACUCCCCAAGAGGUCGGACUGUGACUUUUCCCCAGAAAAGAGAUCGAGGAAGGCGCUCUGUGAGCAAAACUGGACCGGCUUCCGACGACAAGCCUGGAACGGAGAGUCCUGGAGUCCCGAAGGACAAGUGAGCGGCCCCAGGAGAAGGACAGACCGGGGUCACCCAUCCAGACCGCCAUGGCGGCGCUCGCCCGCCGUCUGUGCCACAUCGCCUUCCACGUGCCCGUGGGGCAGCCCCUCGCCCAGGACCUGCAGCGUCUCUACGGUUUCCAGCCCCUGGCAGUGCGGGAAGCAGACGGCUGGUGGCAGCUGGCCCUGCGCAGCGGCGACGCGGUCUUUUUGGUGAACGAGGGUUCGGGACCCCGAGACCCGUUGUACGGCCUGGACCCUCAUCAUGCUGUGCCCAGCGCUACCAACCUGUGCUUCGAUGUGGACGAUGCGGGCGCCUCCGUCCGCGCGCUGGCCGCGCGGGGCUGCAGCGUGCCAGUGCCCCCUGUUAGUGUGCGGGAUGUGCAGGGCACUGCCAUCUAUGCUGUGGUCAGCUUGCCGGCAGGCAACCUCAGCCUGACGCUGCUGGAGCGCUCCAGCUCCUGUGGGCCCUUCCUACCCGGCUUCGGGCCAGUGCCCUCCGCAACAGGCCCAGGCUGGGUCAGCCAUGUGGACCACCUGACCCUGGCCUGCACCCCUGGCAGCUCUCCUACACUGAUGCGCUGGUUCCACGACUGUCUAGGCUUUCGUCACCUGCCACUGAGCCCAGGUGAGGAUCCAGAGCUGGGCUUUGAGGUGGCAGCAGAAUCUGGGCAUGGGGGGCUGAGGCUCACCGCCCUGCAGACCCCUCCAGGCAGGACUAUCCCCACCCUCCUGCUGGCCGAAUCCCUGCCUGGGGCUGCCAGUGGACAUGAUCAGGUGGAACAGUUCCUGGCCCGGCAUAGGGGGCCGGGGCUGCAGCAUGUGGGGCUGUACACCCCAAACAUCAUGGAAGCCACUGAGGGGGUGGCAGUGGCAGGGGGCCAGCUCCUGACUCCUCCUAAGGCCUACUACCAGCAGCCAGGCAAGGAAAAGCAGAUCCUAGCUGCUGGGCAUAAGCCUAGCCUGCUGGCCCGACAGGGGAUCCUGCUAGAUGGUGAUAAAGGCAAGUUUCUGCUUCAGGUCUUCACCAAGUCACUCUUUCCAGAGGACACCUUCUUCCUGGAGCUAAUUCAGAGACAGGGGGCCACAGGUUUUGGCCAGGGCAAUAUCCGGGCCCUAUGGCAGUCAGUGCAGGAGCAAGCUGCCAGGGGCCAGGAAGCCUUAAAGACGGCUUAAGGUGGGGGCAGCCAUGGGUCCUGGAGCCCUGAGGAAUCCAGCAUAGGGCCUGCAGAAACAGAAACACAUACAGAGGCCUGGAGUGAAAGGCUUUGUCCCUAAGGGUCAGGUGUGGCUUCCAUCUCAUCAGUACCUGCCAGAAGUUGAAUCUCUCACUGAGGUCCAAAGAGGUGGGAUUUUGAUUUUAACUAUGAGUCAUUCUUACAUAGUCUGUAUCUUAAUAUAUAUGUCAGAUACAAAGAAUAAUAAAAGAAUUACAUGAUUAGAAAA